AUUCCAACCCGUCGUAUCCUGACACCGGACGACCUGGCAAGGUUCCUCGACUCGCAGGUGUGCAAGGAACUCCUAGACUUUUUGAACUCGCUCAACGAUGCAAUCAUCGGCACCAAAACUACCGACGCAAUGGAAGACAGCCCGAUCGUGCAGCAGCUGCUUUCGUUCCUGGACAAGGUUGAGCAAGCCAACAAAGAUGUGACACCUGUCGAGACCAACAGCCGGUUCGGCAACCCAGCGUUCCGCGACUUCUACGAUACGGUUGAGAAGAAGAUCCCCGAGUGGGUAUCGGAGUUUGUGCCUGUCGAUUAUGUUGAAGAGGUAGCCAAGUAUGCGCAGGAGAGCUUUGGAAACCGCAAACGCAUUGACUAUGGAACUGGGCAUGAGCUGAACAUGCUGGUGUUUCUUCUGUGCCUGGACAAGCUGAAGCUGGUGCAGCCCUCGGAUUACAAGGCGCUGGUGGCGCAUGUGUUUUUCCGGUAUAUUGCGGUAAUGCGCGGCCUUCAAUUGAGCUACUGGCUGGAGCCCGCGGGAUCGCACGGCGUGUGGGGCCUGGACGACUUCCAUUUCCUGCCGUUUUUGUUUGGUGCGGGGCAGCUGCGUGGACACAAGCAUUUCCGGCCCAAAUCAAUCCACAACCAGGAGAUUCUGGACGAGUUCUCGCACCAGUACAAGUACUUUGAGUGCGUGCGGUUCGUCAACUCCAUCAAGACCGGCUCCAUUCGCUGGCACUCACCGAUGAUCGACGAUAUCAGCGGCGCCAAGACGUGGGAGAAGGUCAAUUUGGGCCUGAUCAAGAUGUUCAAGGCCGAAGUGGUCGGGAAGCUGCCGAUUAUGCAGCAUUUCAUGUUUGGCACGCUGGUGUCGUUUGAGGGCGGCAGCAUGUCGGAGCACCAGGCGCACGGGACCGAGGAGGACGAGCACGGGUGUGUCAGCCACAGCGAGGUAUAUGCGCUGGGGCAGGAGUUCCCGGGCUGCUGUGGCAUCAAGGUGCCGUCAGCCAUCGCAGCGGCGGCGGCG